AUGGGGAAGAGAGCUGCUCCUCCCCCCGACUCGACUGUUACGUACGCUAGUGGUCGUGCCAAGGACGGCACUCCUCCCGACCUCCGGAUCUUCCACUACAACGAUGUCUACCACAUUGACCCCUCCAGUGCCGAGCCUGUUGGCGGCAUCGCCCGUUUCAUGACCGUGCUCAAAGAGUACCGCGAUGGAAAGCAAUAUCGGGACCAACCUGAGCUCAUCCCCUUGUUUUCUGGCGAUGUGUUUAACCCUAGCGUUGAGAGCACGGUAACGAAGGGUUCUCAUAUGGUGCCGAUUCUAAAUGCAAUCGGAACUGUUUGCGCAGCUCUAGGUAACCAUGAUCUCGACUUUGGAGUCCAACAAUUCGGCCAUCUUGCGUCGAAAUGCAAUUUCCCCUGGCUCAUCGCCAACGUAUUAGACCCUGCCUUGGGUGAAUGCGUCCCCCUCGGCAAUGCAAAGGCGACACACAUGUUUACUACCUCAAACGGCAUCAAAGUUGGUCUUAUAGGCCUUGGUGAGCGAGAGUGGCUUGAGACUAUUAAUGUCUUGCCACCGAACCUCGUCUACAAAUCUGCCACCCUGACUGCGAAGGAACUCGUUCCCAAGCUUAGGGAACAGGGCGCUGAUAUCGUCAUUGCCUUGACUCACAUGAGAGAACCCAAUGAUGACAAGCUCGCGAGAAACACCGAUGGCUUGAUCGACAUCAUUCUCGGUGGCCAUGACCACUACUACGCCCACAGCUUCAUCAACGGCACCCACGUCCUGCGCUCUGGAAGCGACUUCAAGCAGCUGAGCUACAUCCAAGCCUGGAGAAGACCCGGCGAGCCAGGAAAAUGGGACUUUGACAUCCUCCGCCGAGAUGUCAUCUCAACGAUCCCGGAAGAUCCCGCGACCUUGAAGCUCGUGGAGGAUUUGACCUCGAAGCUAAAGCACAGCCUCGCGAAACCCAUAGGAUGGACGGCAACGCCGCUGGAUGCAAGGUUCACCACGGUCAGGCGGGAGGAGAGCAACCUCGGUAAUUUCGUGUGCGAUAUCAUGAGGCAUCACUAUGCGGCGGAGUGCGCUUUGAUGGCGGGUGGCACGAUUCGCGGUGAUCAGAUUUAUCCUCCUGGAGCGGUCCGCGUGAAGGAUAUUGUUACGUGCUUUCCUUUUGAGGAUCCGGUCGUCUUGUUGAGGGUGAAGGGUAAGGCGAUUUGGGACGCGCUGGAGAAUGGCCGAUUCCCCCAAGUAUCAAAUAUUCAGUUCGAGUUCAACCCCAAUUUGCCCGUUGGUUCAAGAAUUGUCUCUGUUCGGAUAAAUGGCGAGGACAUCGACUUCGAGAGGAAGUAUCUCAUGGCGACGAGAGGGUACAUGGGCCGAGACGGCUACACGAGCCUUCUCGUCGAAGAGGCGGGAGGCGAAGUGGAAGAAAUCGUCUCCGAAGAAAACGGCAUCCUUAUCUCCGCCAUGCUCCGGCAAUACUUCCUAGCCCUCCGGACGGUCGGAAAAUGGAGGUAUCUCGACGCAAACCACUGGGACAACGUCAUCGGCCGGUGCCGCCGCCUUUCCCAACACUACGAACUUCCCCCCUGCGUGAAACCCCGCCAAAACUCAGAUGCGAGGAAGGAACAACGGCCAGGCGCAUGGGCGGCGUGGCUCGCUCGGAGAUCAGGCAUUAACGUCAAACCAGAGAAUGACGACAGCGGGUUCGAGGAGGAGUCGGAGUCGGAUGGCGAGGACGACAAGAUCAAUGACGAGGUGUUGCUCAUGAGGAAGUAUUUUGGUAGGUGGGCGGCGGCGGCCAAUGUGACGAGAGUGGCGUGUGAUUCUGUCGAGGCGGCUGAGAUUAACGUCGACUGGACGCGGGUUAUUGCGCCGAAGUUGGAGGGGCGGAUUAAGAAAGUCGAGUAA